GCAGAAAAAGUAAAGCCUGACAAAGUAAAACCUGACAAAAUCUGUAUCGUAAUGACUAUAUAGAAAAGAGCAAAAAUAAAGCUGCACAGGCAAUAAUAAACCUGAUAUUUUAAAACUCUUACAGACAUUUGUUUCUACAAGUUUUAGUGAAACAACGCUGUGUAGCAUUAUCUCAGCCCAUAUUAGACAACAGAGAAUAUCAGAACUACAGGAAAAACUUCAGUGUGAGUUCUAACCAUGUAUCAGUAAGACCAUUUUAUAUUUUGAAGUGUUCCAUGCAGUUAAGAGAUUUAAGAUUAAAAGAGUACUAAACUAGUGAAUUACCUACUGAAAAGCAAUUUAUGCUGCGGUGGAUGCUCACCCCUUUCUUUAAUUCAGUUGAAAAGACACUGAACCACUUUCCUGCGGAUCCUGGACCCACUGGCUGACCAGUUUCAAUAAUUUUAAUGCUCAUGAAAGUACCUACCUUUUUGUGUGGGGGAAAAAGGAGAGAGUUUUAGGGCAUUCCACAGUGCAUUGGAAAUUGCGUGACAGAGGUCUUGAAUCUCAUCUUAAAUAGGCCAAAUGCCGGGAAUAUAAAAUUGUCGAGUUCUUAAGGGUUUUGCAUGGGGGUCCAGGGUUUCUCUAGCAUGGGGGAGACCUGACUUGCUGACCCCCUCUUCCUCCAUUUAGGAAGCGUUGUAAAAACACGGCUGUCAUUUCGGUGUACCGCUUUUGCAACUUCUGACAGGAACUCAAGUGCUUCCUGAAACCGUACCCCCCGGCGGGGCGAUAGCAUUACCCUGACCUUUCUUAAAGCCUCCAAGCGAAAGGGAGGCAGGAAAAGGACACACCAGAAAACGUCUAGGGUUUCUGCCAUCUUGAUCUAUCGCCUCACCUCGGUUUCCUCCUUUCAAGCCAGCAGCCCCGCAGCCUGAUGCUCGCCUCCCUUCACCUGCUCUGCCGCACCGGCAGCCGCCCUUCGCUGGGGCUGGGGGAGAGGAGAAGCAGCUCCCCGCUUACCGACGAGGCGAAGGACAACAUCCGACGCAACCCGCAGAGGCUACGGCCCCGCCGUCUCCCGCCCCGCGCAGGAUGCGAGCCGGGCGCCCGGCAGCCCGCACCGCCAGGGGUGCUCAGGCCCGGACCGACGGCUCUCCCUACCCGGCGACUCUGAAGGCAGACCCAGAAGAACUGUUUACAAAACUGGAGAAAAUUGGUAAGGGCUCUUUUGGUGAAGUUUUUAAAGGAAUUGACAAUCGGACUCAGAAGGUGGUUGCUAUAAAAAUUAUUGACCUGGAAGAAGCAGAAGAUGAAAUAGAAGACAUCCAACAAGAAAUCACAGUGCUGAGUCAGUGUGACAGUCCAUAUGUAACUAAAUAUUAUGGAUCCUAUUUAAAGGAUACAAAAUUAUGGAUAAUAAUGGAAUAUCUGGGUGGAGGCUCUGCCCUUGAUCUAUUAGAACCUGGCUCACUUGAUGAAAUCCAGAUUGCUACAAUAUUGAGAGAGAUACUCAAAGGACUUGAUUACUUACAUUCAGAAAAGAAAAUCCACAGAGAUAUUAAAGCUGCCAAUGUAUUGCUAUCUGAACAAGGAGAAGUAAAACUAGCAGAUUUUGGAGUAGCAGGACAAUUAACAGAUACACAGAUAAAGAGGAACACCUUUGUGGGAACACCAUUUUGGAUGGCACCUGAAGUAAUAAAGCAAUCGGCAUAUGAUUCGAAGGCAGAUAUCUGGUCAUUAGGCAUAACAGCCAUAGAACUCGCAAAGGGAGAGCCGCCUCAUUCAGAAUUACAUCCAAUGAAGGUUUUGUUCCUCAUUCCCAAGAACAAUCCACCAACACUGGAAGGAAACUUCAGUAAAUCCCUCAAAGAAUUUGUUGAGGCCUGCUUAAACAAGGACCCAAGCUUUAGACCUACUGCAAAAGAGCUCUUAAAACACAAAUUUAUUUUGCGAAACUCAAAGAAAACUUCCUACCUGACUGACCUUAUUGAUAGGCACAAGAGAUGGAAGUCUGAACAAAGUCAUGACGACUCCAGUUCUGAUGACUCAGAUACUGAACCAGAUGGCCAGGCUUCAGGGGGGAGCGAUUCAGGAGAAUGGAUCUUCACAAUAAGAGAAAAAGACCCCAAGAAUCUAGAGAACGGAGCAGCCCAGCCUUUGGAGUUGCAAAGAAAUAAGGAAAAGGAUAUCCCAAAGAGGCCUCUAUCCCAAUGCCUGUCUACAGUUAUAUCCCCUUUAUUUGCAGAGUUGAAAGAGAAGAGUGAAGUGUGUGGUGGUAACACAGAUUCCAUAGAAGAACUGAGAAAGGCUAUUUAUUUAGCUGAGGAGGCCUGUCCGGGCAUUGCAGAUAACAUGGUGUCACACCUUGUGCAGAGGCUUCAGAGAUACUCACUAGCUGGAGGAGGUACUUCAUCCUACUGACGUGCUGUUCCUGACUUUUCUAAGACAACAGAGAUCCCGUGGUGUCUGCAUUGAAGGCGCCCACCCUAAUGUUGUUCUGCCCCUCAGUCACGGGAAUGUUCUUUGCUAGAAGGACAUUCUGAAAUGCGCAAGAGUGAAAAUGAAGUCUCUCGGAUGGAGGCAGUCUUUUUCAGCUCCUUAAAGCUAUAAUUUUUUUUUUUUAAAUGAUAAUGCACAUAUUCCAGGGAGGCGUCUUUUUGUAAAAUCUGAAAUGUAUAUUUAGGUUUGUGAUAGAGAAAUUGGAGAUAUUGAGAAACCUCAGGUAUCUUGCUUUAAGAAUUCCACUGGGAGACGGAGUAUGUUUGUUGGAAUUGUGUACAGAUAUGUAUAUAAUGUCUUUUUUUAACUGAAAGCCUUUCAACGUGCAUAAGGAAUCACUGUGUACAAAAUGGUAAAGUGCUUCUGUAGAUAAUGUUAGUGGGGUAAAUAUUUGACAGGCCAUAACUGAGUAUUGCCUUGCCUUUAUUACGUGUAAAUUUUGAAUUAUGUGAUAAGUGAAUCUUGGUUUGAUUUUUGUAUGUGAAGAAUUUGCCAUUGAAAGAGUUAAUCUUGUACUAUGGAACCUUCUGUUCGUACCUCAGCAAAGACACAAUUUUAUUCUGUUUCUCCAGUAUUUCUUCCUUUUUCAUCUAUAUUCUGAGCGUGACUUUCUAAUUAUGGUACUACUUCUGGUUGUUUUAGAUUUAAUACACCUUGUCUCUCAAAGCUUUAAAUUUAAAUUAUUGGUUUUCCUAAAGAAUGAGCUCUUUCAUAUUUUCAAUUUUAAGUUGUGCCAAUGCAAAUUCUGAACCCUAUGUAUUGUUCAAUUUUAGUGAUAGCUAUUUGUGAAGCUUGACUGAAAUUCGGACACAAUCUUCUUUUCACCUAAACAUGUUUGAAUGCUCACACAAAUAAAUCCUUAUUAUUUACAUUUAUUCUGAAAUAUCUCAUUAAGAUGAUGGCUCUGAGACACUGGCAAGUAUUCCUUCAUCAUGCCGAUUUUUAUCAUUAAAAUGAACGUCUUGCAGCGUAGAAGAAAAAUUUAUCUCUAGAUUCUGGUUUUGGUCUUGCUGCCUAAAUCUGUGCAUCUCUUUUUACUGAAAGUGACAGACAUUGGACAGAAAGACCAAAACUGAGCCCCUGAGUGUUGUACGCUACUUCUUAAGAAUGGCCUUCCCAGGAAAAAGUUACUUCUUGAAAAUUUUGAAAUUUCCGCUGUUUUGUGAGUGUUCCUAGAUAGCCGACUUAUGGUUUUAGAGUUCUUGGAAACAGUAAUGUUAGUUACACACACAGCUGAUUAGGUGGCUUUUUUUUCUUCACAGUAUUACUCGGAGGUUUACCUUGGUUUUUUUUGCACCAAGGCUAUAUUCAGGUGCUGCUUAUUUUGGUAGCUAAGAGAGCAUUUUUGCCUUGUUUUUAAUGAAGAAAUGGAUGAUUUUUUUUUUUUUUUUUUUUUUUGCAUGACAGUGAGGUAACUUAUCUGGUUUAUUUUUUAAAAAAAAAACAGGUAUGAGUUUUGGAACAGAAAGGAUUAAAAUUUUAAAAGGACAGGCAUAUCUACCUGGUUUGGUACAAAAAGCUCCAGGUUCUCUAACCAUUCUGGAAGCUGGCGCAGUCUCCUUGCAGGACUUCAGGUCACCACGGUAGCCCUUAUUCUAUGCAUAUCACUAGCCUUAAUUAUUAAUUUAAUAAUUUAACAGUUAGAGGACACUGUCGUGCUAGCAGAGCUAUGAAACUUCUGACCGGGUUGAAACAACAGUUGAAAGAACAUGCAGUCAUUCUCGUAGCCAUAUUCUCAGACACAACACGUUGGCCAGUGUAAAGAGGUAAUGGCUUGGCUUUGUGGCUAAGUGAAUUUAAGGUAAAUUGAACAAUGCGUAAGUUUGAGCAAUGCUUUAUAACUCCUCUCUGAUUAGUAUCUAAAUACGUUGUUCUGUGGGCUCUUCAACAUUAAGGAUAGGCUUACCCUUGAGGAAACCAGUUCAGUUCCGCUGUUGCGAAAUGCGUGUCCGAAUGCGGCGCAAUGGGACACUCACCUGUUGACAUCUCAACAUUCGAAUAUUCAGCCAUUCCGUAAAUAUGUGCUGUGACAGCAUAUGGAAAUCAACAGAUGUGUUUGCAUUUGAAAGAUACAUAGAUUAAUGGGAGCUUUUCCCCAGUCAUCUGUUAAUAUAAAAACUUGAAAUUAGAGCGGGCUUACUUGGAGAUGCACAGAACUCGGAGAUUCAGUGGGGAAGUUAAAGUUAUGGCACUGGCUGGAAUCUCAAGAGUUUCUCAAUUAGAAAACAAAAUUAAGUUCUAAGGUACGCUAUUUUUGAACAAUCAUUCAAAAAGUUAUACAUACAUAUUUUUUUCUUGAGUUGCAUUUUAGUUGCGUUCCAGGACUGUACGUUAAGGAAAUACUUCUCUGAGUAGAUUGUGGCAGAAUUUGCUUGGUGAACGUGUCCCUUGGUUUUAGGAGCUUAAGACGAGUCAGGCCUUCAGCAGGGGCAACUGGCCAAAAGGCUAGGACACUUAGAGAAAGACAAGACCUCAUUUAUGGUAGAGAUGUGUAUUUUUAUAUAUAAUAUAUAGAUUAUUUAAAUAUAGAUUAUCUUAAACUGAGAUUCACUGAAAAAGAAGAGUGUGCUGUAUCUUGAAUGUACAAUUACAGUCAUUUGCUAUUGAGAAGUACCGAUGCGUUCAAAAUCAGAUCUCUAUUGGGAACAGAAGAGCAGCUUUCUUCGGAAGAAGCGCGGCCUUGGUUUCGGAAAGAAAAAAGAAGUGUAUUGAUAUUUUUGAGAGGUUGUUUCAUGCUAAAAACAUAUCUGUGUUACAGCGUUGCACUGAUGACUUUUCUGUGCAGGUAGUACUUCUUCACUCAGUCUUGAAUAUACUAAGCAACAAGCUAUCCCUAUUUAUGCAAACAUUUAAAUUAGCAGAACUGCUUAUUUGUCAGGGAUUUCAAGAUUAGGCAGUAAAUAAACUCACUGUUUAAAAAAGAAGUAAUAAAUAAAAUCAGUCAUUUGAACUGAAGGCUUGCUUUUUGUAAGUAUAUCAGAUGCGUAAUCUAUUUUUUUAACUUAAUUUUCCUUGCAGUUGCACUUUGUAGUUGAUCCCCAGCUCGCUAGAGAAUGGCGGCACCGUCGAUGCAGUACCGAGUGCUUUGGGUAUAGUAACAAAAGCCGCUCUUUUCUCUGAAGCGCUGUGGUUCCUUUGCAGCUCCAGACGUUUUCUGUCCAUCCGUGUGGACACGGACAGAGGAACUAAUUGCUGCGGAAGGAUUUGACGGUGGUGCCCCGAGGGUGGGCGCAGGGGGAAGGUAAGAGUGUGCGCUAUGUGGCACCUAACGUUAUCCUGCUUUAUCCACCGUAACUCCUUCACCUGCCCGUGCUUUGACCGCUCUCGUGAGAUGUCUCGUUGAGCUGUUACUAGUUUCUGUGGUGUUCCGUAUUAUUUUGGAAACAACGCGGUACCGGUUUGUAAUGGUUUUCCAUUAGCCUUACUUUUAAGGCAACAUCAUUUUGCCUUCAAAAAUGUCACCAUCGGAAGACUAUCAGAAGUGCUGAUAAGCAAAGGGGCGGUACAAUCGCAAAUUAUUUUUGUAAGUCGUUGGGGAGGAGCUUAAAGCCUAGCACAAAUCUGCCAGCUUGCUCUUUUUCCCUGUAUUUUGCAGACGCGCCAGUAACUGCACUGAGCACAUGCAAUAGACCAAUGGUAUGUAACGGUUUCCUGCCUUCUUUUAAAGCAUGAUUACAGAGGACAAUUAAAGUGUAUAGAUAAUCUUGUUUUCUGUAAUAUUGCUGCCUGUUCAUAACCGUGUAUUUAAAUUUUACUUUUGUCACUCUACACCAAUGUGAUAAAACUCCUUGUAAACUACACGACCUAGAA